AUUCAUGAUAAUUUGUUACAAUUGUGAAUGCAGUGAGAACCUUGGUUGACUAAGCGGCAAAGGCAGGUGCAGAAACUUUGUUCGUGUUACGUGUUUUUUCUUAAAAUUAUUGGAGCUGAUAUCAUUGAUGAAUUGGAAUUAUGGCAGCGACUACUCCGAGACGUUCUUCACGAAUUCCGCAUACUCACACGCCUAAAAUGUCUGAGAGAAAGAAAGGGUUAUUUUUUACUGAGAACGAGUCAUCGAGGGAGUCCUUGACCAAACACCGUCGACUACCCGUGGUGGAUAGUGAGAGUGAUAGCGAAGACUGUGACCUGGGCAUCAUAAGUACCCUGGAUUCCAGUUCUGGUGAUGACACCGAUCAGAAUAAAACACCCGAACGAUCGCAUUGGAAUGAAAUAAGAAACAAAACUAAGAUAAGGGAGACACAUGAUCUGAAGAACUUUAUGAAGUCUCCAUUUACUCUCAAGAAGUACCAAACCAGAUAUUCCUGUCCGGAAACUAGAUGUACUGGUUCAUUAUCAACACCGGCUACACCUCACUUACAAAAUCAUCCGCGGACCCCUUCAUCCACUCACUCUUGCGCCAGCAUUCACACAACUUCUUCCACAUCCAGCCGAGCUCGGAAAAGUCUGGCCAGUCUCAUAGCAGACACAGAGAGCUGUAGCAGCUCCCUCAAAGACCUCAACUUUGACACAGACUCAGGCUCAGAUUCAAAAGAGAACACUCCAACGAAAUCUCUCAGAAGGUCAGGUCGUAGACACAAAAUGACCCCAAAGCUGCAAAGCUUCAAGGGGAUUUUGGUGGAGCAAAAAAAAAAUAUGUCUCCGAUGAAAAAUGCAGUUGUCUGUCUCACUAAAAUAGACAUGAGCAACUACAUAUCACCAACACAGAUGCUUAAGACACCGCACAACACAUCGGAGAAGGCGUCGCCUCCAAAGUUAGGUCACAACCGGCGUUCCGUGAUCGAAAUACAAGAAAGCCCGGAAUCCGUAUGUGAAAGUGAGAAAAGUCACAAGCGCCUCCACUAUGAUAAUGAUUCUGAUGUAGGGCCGGUGUCCAAGUAUCCGAGACUCGAUGUCAACGCACCGAAAGCCCGUCUGUCACUGUUCAACUGCGAUCGACUUAAAGAAAUUCUAUCUACUAAAUCUUUCUACGGCAAAACUAAUCCAGAAAUGAAUUCUAACAUUUCUACAAAAAUAUCAAACGCCAUCGAAGCCACCAGCGUCCACAGAAGACACUCCUUCAGCCACUCCCAGCCUCACCGACGCAAACGAAAACCCGGUCAGAUAAACCUCGGGGUGAAACACAAAAUUAGGAAGCCGAAAGUACACAAGACUAAGAUAGCCACUUCAAAAAGUUCCAACGCUACAACACCGAGUGUGUUGAAUCAAAGUAAUGUCUCGAAUAAAUCUAUCAACAAAGACUUGUCCAUUUUAAGUCAGGGCUCUGCCGAUGAUAAGGCCGAUCCAUUUGACAAAGAGAAACAGACAAUAGACGCCCUUCUCAGCCAGUGGACUGAGGAGGAUAUACCGGAGUCUGAACUGACGUACACACGACCACAGGAACUGCCGUGCUUCAACAGCACAGUCAUAGAGGCCACCGACCAGAUUUUCAAACCCAUCACAGCUGUUCCUGUGGCCGCAGACAGUUCGAAGUUACAGGAUUCAGAAGCUGUCAUAGUAGAAUUAGGAAUUACAAAACCAGUUGUCGCCACAAAUACUCAAAAUGAUGUGAAUGCCACAAACCCACAAAAUGAUCAAGAUGUGAUCAUGGAAGAAGGUCAUAUCGCGAACCAUGGUGAAGUUCCUAAGACUGGACAGUACCUGCCCGUGGAAGGUGGAUACAUAUAUGUUGAUGGAAACUUAGAACAAAAGGAAAUACCAGACCUGGACGAGAUUGAGCGUGAGUUACAGAUGUUGGAUGAACAGAUAUUAAAAAUGGCGCAAACAAACAACAUAGACGCUGAUGCUGUACUGGCCUCCACGGAGACAUUACCCAUAGCUGGUGACUUGUCAACAGAUCAAACAUCUCUACAGUGUGAGAAACAGACAAAACUGUUCCCUAUCUUCAGUAAACCAAACCAUGGUCUGAACGCUACGUCCACUAAAGGAGACAAAACGAAAAGAUGCCUACUGAAGAGUGGCAGCAAUCAGUAUCUGAUAGACGCUGGGCAGAAGAAGUUUGGAGCGACACAGUGUCAUGAAUGUGGAGUUAUAUACGAGGUCGGUGACCCUCAAGACGAACACGACCACUUGGUUCACCACAACGCAUCUGAUGUACUCAAGUUUAACGGUUGGAAGGAGGAGUGCGUUGUGGACAGGACGGAGCAUGGGAGGUGUCUGAGAGUACGGGGAGGAGACUCCGGGUGGAGGAAGGUGGAGGCGGUGCUGGCGCGGGUAGUGCACCCACAGCUGGGGUACACCAGCCACUUACCAGGAGACGCCAGGGCUUACACGGCUUACCUGUACAUAGAGAAAAAACAAAUAGUCGGAUGUCUGAUAGUGGAACCCAAGUCCAGGGCUUUCAAGCUGUUACCGGGGGACCCUGACUGCUGCACCAUAGAAGAUUACCCUGUCAAAUGCGGCGUGUCCCGUGUGUGGACUCACGCCAACUUCCGCCGCCGCGGCGUGGCGGUCCGCCUGCUGGAGUGCGCCCGCGCCUCCUUCCUGUACGGGUGUGGCGUGUUGCGCUCGGAGAUCGCGUUCAGCGCGCCCACCGCCGCGGGGAAGGCGCUCGCCACUAAAUACUGCGGGACCGAAAACUUUUACGUGUAUUUAGAUUAGACGCUGAGUGAGACCUGAACGGAGGGAACAGUAUAAUGUUGUAUGAAACAUGCUCUCAUUAAUGUAUCUGGGAGUCGUGAUCUAUAGUUUUAAUUUGCUACGCAGCUUGUCCAGUGUCUACUGACAGUUAGUACUGAGUCACAUUCCCCACUGAGUCGAGUCGAUAAGUCUGUGUUCUUAGAUGUUUUUAAUUGUUCACUCGGGACCAAGUACAUCACAAUUUUAUACACGAGUCUGAAAUUAGAAGUUAAAUGCUCUAAGUCCGUGCAUGAAAAAAUAUGUUUUAUUGUAAUUUUUAUAGAAUUUUUUAACUUUUUUUGUUUGAAUAUAAUGAAAAUGUAUUUUAAAUAAUGUACAUGUGCCAAUUUGUUGCGAUAUAUUUUUAAGUCGUGUCUAGCUCAGCUACGUUUUUAGUUAUUAAAUAUUUUAUAAGGAUUUUAAGUCAUUGGAGUGGAAGUCGCUCACCAACUCACUCCUUGUAAUGUUAAACGUUAACUCCGACGUUAGUUGCUAUCUCCACACUUUAUGUUAACACUAUCUCUGAUAAACGCUCUCUAUCCGAACAUUUUUCAAUAUAUUUUUGUUAUGUACUCCAAUUUGUGUGUUAGAGUGUCAAGCCAGCUUUGUUUCCAGUUCGUUGUUUGCUGUGUAAGAAGCGAUCCCAAAGACGUUCCGCGGAUGCCAUAGACUUGUAUAUAAUAUUUAUUUCGUGUUUUGUUAUUCUUGUAUGAGUCCUCCAGUUAACGUCACCACUUGUAGCUUGUAUGUCUUAGUGUGGACGAUCCCGAGCCGCGAGCCGCGAGCCGAGUCGGUCUGGUGUCAAUAAAUGUUUUUAUUUGA